CUCUUUCUUUUGGGGGGUAUGGAGUUUUUUUUGAACCAACAAUAUUUUGAUCACCAUUAUCAUAACAACAGCAACAACAAUGAAGCUUGUUUGCCACCAGGUUUUAGGUUUCAUCCAACUGAUGAAGAGCUUAUCACUUGUUACCUUUUAAGGAAAGUUCUUGACUGUAACUUCACCGGCCGGGCCUUCGCCGACGUUGAUCUCAACAAAUGUGAACCUUGGGAACUGCCACAAAGGGCAAAGAUGGGAGAAAAAGAGUGGUACUUUUUCAGUCUCCGGGACCGGAAAUAUCCAACCGGGCUGAGGACAAACCGGGCAACGGAGGCCGGUUAUUGGAAAGCCACAGGAAAAGACCGUGAGAUCUACAGCUCAAAAACAUCAGCACUUGUUGGGAUGAAAAAAACCCUAGUGUUUUACCGUGGGAGAGCACCAAAAGGAGAAAAAAGCAACUGGGUUAUGCAUGAGUAUCGCCUUGAAGGCAAAUUUGCUUAUCACUUUCUCUCGAAAAGCUCAAAGGAUGAGUGGGUGAUCUCUAGGGUUUUCAAGAAAAGUGGUGCCGGAGCAGUGGACAACGGCAACGGCGGAGGUAAUGGAAAGAAGUGGUUGACCGGUGGUUUGACUCACAACAAAGAAGCCAGCUGUUCAUCAGCAGUUUCAGGCUCCCUCCCACCGUUACUCGACUCGUCACUCUACGCCUCCGCCACGUCAGCAUACACCGCCGCCGGAGCCGGAGACCAAGAAGCCUUUUCGUACGACAGCAACGCCGGUGGCUCAAAAGAGCACGUGCCCUGUUUCUCCACAUCCUCAACAACAACAACAAACAACAGUAGUUUCAUCCCGCACACACUCUUUGACUUCCCACCGCCGCAACCGUUGACUUCAGCAUUUCCUAGUCUGAGAACACUACAAGAGAAUCUUCAAAUGCCGUUUUUCUACACCACCAUGACGGCGCCGGCAAUGCAUGGACAUGGCGGCGGGGAAACAAGCAACAACAACAACUAUGUGUGUUUUUCCGGUGAGAACUGGGUGGCACCACAGUCAGAAAAUAAGCCAGGGCCCACUGAAUUGGAUUGUAUCUGGAGCUUUUGAUGGUUAAUUGGCGGCUGUGGCUAGCUAGCUUUAAAUGUGUUAUAUAUAUGGUUGAUGAACUUGUUGUUUCAUGAUGAUGGGUAUAUGGUAUUCAAUCAAUUAAUGUGU